AACCUCCUGUAGAUGAGGAGAGAACGGGUGACGCUGAACCACUCAGACCUGUUGUUGAAUCAUCUCAGGAUGAUCCAAGACCAGUGAGGCAGGAACCUGGUGAGUGUUGGUAGAGAAUUUUGCUCAACUUGUUUUUAUUUAAUUUCACUCUUGUUUUACACUCACUCUCACUCUGGAGCAAAUGAUAUUCUGCUCCUAGCAAAGUAAAGGGCGGCCAGUAAAGGCCAGAAGCUACUGACAUUGUUUGGCACCAUACCUUAAAUUUUCUUACAAGACGCUCCUAGUUAGGUGCGAGAUUGCUGAAUGGUUCACUUCGCCAUCUGGAAAACCUCGUUUAAUAUGGGCAACCGCGGGGGAGCCAAAAGCUAUUAAAACUGUGAAUAAUUAGAAUGGUGAAUCAUAAGUUAGGAAAUACGGAUGAAGUGAAAACUUGAAGCAGUAAUGAGUCCCAGCCAAGAAGAAUCCCAUGGGCUGGCUAAAGGCUCGAUGGAUCAGGGACUAGAACUCUGUUCGCCCAUUUUACAUUAGGUUGUGUAAAGGGACUGAAGCCUAUGAUCAGAGGGUAUAUUCACUUUGAUAACACUGACAGUCCCCGAACUCGUAAUAGAACUAAAAUAGGGAAAAUCGAAAUGAAAUUAUGGCCUGACCCUAACCUGGUACACAUACAUAGAGAGUAACGAAAUUUGUGCAACUCUAGCGCCCUCUGACGUAUGUGAAAUAUGUAUAAGUAUAGGAAUCCUAUGAACUGGCUUAAACCCGAUGGAUCGGGAACUAGAACUAGGAAACAUGAGUAAGUCUCGUUCUGGGUGGGUGAAAUUGUAACCUAGUGAUAGAUUACUCUAGGAGAGGAAAGUCAGCUGUGAAUUAUUUUAGAUUCUUCUUUGAUUUCUUUCUUUAGCUGGAAAAUUUGCAGAAGAAAAGGAAGCGUUAUCUAAGGCUCAGCCGUACAACUCUGAUGAGUAUGAAGAAGCAUCGGCACCAGGUGGAGCUGUGAAGCGCAAAGUUUCUGGUCAGCAAGAACGCCAAGAUGCACUGGGUGGACAAGAAGCCGCUGGAGGUUUGGGACAAGAUGAAGAUGGAGAAUAUCUGGUUUGAGGGAACUGAUAUGGGAACAGAGCUACAAACCAUGAGGAUGAUGCAAACAAGCAUAACAUAUUUUAAUGAUAAGAGACUGAUAUACAUUCUAUCCAUUGCUGUUUAAAUUUAUUCACUGGAAGAGGAGUCAAAAUCUAAUAUCUUUAUAAUGAAAAAAAAUUAAAAUGAACGCUUCAUCGUCUAAACGAAUCUCCAGGCGUAAUAAUUUUUUUUCUUUUGCAAAUAAAAAAGGUAAUUCUGAGAAAUGAUUUCAUGCGAUAUUUCGCGAUUUUCAACAGAUAUUUUUUUUUCAAAUAUCGACCAAUAGAAAGACUAUGUUGAAUUAUUUGGGUAGAUCUGAAAAAUAGUCCAACAGUAGUAAACGUGUCCAUUUUUAUGAGUGUGCAAUAUACGAAAAAAGGCAAACGUUAAAUUUAUUUUUUGCAUCUACGUUGUAGAAAAAUUUCAAAUAUUCAAGAAAGUCAUCAACGAUUUAACGAGGAGAAAUGCACAGCCAGCUUCAACUAUCGGAUGUCUUACAACUCCGGAUGUCAAGAUUCGUCCUCGUACAGCGGAUGUAGAUUUCUAUGGAAGCGCUGCCAAGGAUGCUGAAUAUAAGCCAGAGCUUGGUUUCAGCCAGCACACUCAGAAGCAACCUGGCAAAGAAAUAUCCAUGGAAAGCUUUUUUUCGGAUGGCAAAUCGAGAGUUGCUCUAGUCGGGGGAGCCGGAUAUGGCAAAACCGAAAUGUCUAAAAAUUUCUCCGUUGAUGUGCUUGAUCAAAAGAUACCAGAGCUUAGAGGAGUCGAGGUUGUUCGUCACAUUAACUUUCGAGAUCUUCUAUCUAAGAAGGAGGUCAGUCUCGGGGAAUUAUUGUUUGGAGAUACAGAUUUGGAUGAAGAUGUCCGAGAUCAUGGUGUAGGAUGGAUCAUAUUGCAUCCCGAAAAGUUUCUUCUCGUAAUUGAUGGAGCUGAUCAAUACGCUUCCCCUCAAGAUCUUGGCAAAUUACGCGGUAACGCCAAUCACUAUGAUAAGGCAGAUCCCAAGCUUCUUAUAAAUCUCAUCCUCGCUCAAAAGCUUUUACCCGGCAUCAAGCUUCUCUACUCAUCACGUGAACACGUUUUACGUUUCUUCGAAGGAGAAGUCCGUCCUGAGAGAGUCAUUGCUUUAGCAGGUUUCGAUGAAGAAAGUGUGGAAAAGCUCAUUUACGCAUUUAGCGGAGAGCAUGGCGAAUAUGUCAUGAAUCGUCUCAAGAAAGAAGCACGCGGCUUACUUUCUCUUUGCUCUAUUCCGAUGUUUCUCGUUCUUACAGUAACUGUGCUGAUACUGUACAGAAACCUCAAUCCCAAGAAAAUGACCGACAUCCUGCUUCUCGUCUUGCUGAAUACCAUGAAUUCAGAGCAUAUGAGAGCAGGUGGAAGAGAGGAUGUAUCUAUUUACGAAGUGUUCAACAGGUUGAAGAAAAUGUCGUUUGACGGAAUGAGGAACAAGAAAGUUACUUUCGCCGAAUCAGAUUUACCGGAAGGAAUCACCAUUGAUCACUUGAAAGAUAUCAUGAUCCCAAUACCAAGAUCAAUUGGAAUCAACCAACGACUCUUCGAAAGGAACUUUGUAUUCUUUUUCAUCCACCAGUCAAUUCAGGAAGCACUUGCUGCUCUUUACGUUGCUGAAAUGCCGACAAAGAAAUUCAAAAAGUUUGUCUCAACUGAACUCAAUUUAUCGCAUUGGGUUGUAGUUCGUCGAAUCUUAUGCGGCUCUAUAUUGAAUCCCGAGACAUCCAAGAUUGCAAUGGGAGACGCAGCUGAUGUUGGGAUUCUUAAACAGGGCAUCGAUCUGAAGAAUAAGAGAUCAAUCUUGUUAUCGAGCUUAAAGGAUCAGCUCCGGCCUGGCUUGUUUCAACGUAAGUUCAAAGGAAGAGAGGCAGCACAGAGGGGAGAUCUACUCGAGCUCAUGCAUGCGCUCAAUGAGUGUGGUCAUAGUGCUGAUGACGUCAUCAAAUCAUCCAUCCGUGAGAUGGAAUUCUACUUCAUGCCUCUCACUCCAAGUGAUAAAUUCACUCUGGCAUCUGUUCUCGGUCGUUGUUCACGUCUCGAUGGUCUCUGGCUGCAUGGUGUUCCUCUCACAUCAUCUGAUCUCAAACUCCUUGCUUCAUCAAUGCAAAGUUCGAAUAUCAAGAUAAAGAAGGCUUAUUUUGGAAUUCCGGUGAGUUGAUCAAAAGUGAUUUUCGUUUUAUCUUGAUAUUUCAAUGCAAUAUUAACUUUUUAUUUCCAUACCAUGCUAUGU